CCACGAUGGUUGCUAGGGAAGGUAGUUCUCUGCCCCUGCGGCUCUUGGCUCCUGGACAAAAGCAGAGAAGCCAUAAUCCCUAAUCUGAGGUCUGUGAACAAACAGCCUCUUCAAACCACAUGGGUCACGAAGCACCUGGAUAACGCCCUCCCCGUCCUGUCUGGCUUUGGUAAGUAAGUAAGCAAGCUACAAAGAGGGACGCGCUGCUGAGCAUUUCCUGCGCAGAUUCUUUCCCUUGCCGAGGUAGAUCUAUAUACACACAAGUAAAGAGCAGGCACUAACAGGGGCGAAGAUUUGAAGGAAUUAAAAGGAUAGCGGGGGUGUGGUCGCCCACAAUCCACCUCCAAGGAUGGAUGAAUGAUGUUUGGCUGUUAUUACGAGAAGUUCUGGUUGCUAAAUACUGUCUGGUAUCUCCUUUCUGAUUUCUUACCCUCACACCGCAGGCUCUGAUCACUGCGGUCCACUAUGCAAAUGCAGGCUCCCGGAAUCAGGCUGCGGGUGACUCACCGACCCCUUUAAAGCCACGUUGGGUUCAAGGCAGUGACUGCUCAGGGCAGAAGCCAUGGCUCACAGACUCAGCUACUCCUACUGCCUGUUGGUCUGCUGGUUGGUGGUAACUGUGGCAGAAGGACAAGAAGGGGUGGUCACCCCUCCUGGAGACUCACAACAUAAUGCAGACCCUACAGACUGCCAGAUCUUUACACUCACCCCUCCCCCCACCACAAGGAAGCCAGUGACGAGGAUCCAGCCCAUCACAAGGACACCCAGGUGUCCCUUGCAUUUUUUUCCCCCACGAUGCCCCAGAGUCCACCUUAGGUUUCCAUACAGACCUUUCCACCCUCCGACGUGCAACCACCGUUUUCAGAUCCACCCAUUUUUUUGGCCACACAGGCGCCUUCCUCCUCAUUAUCGUUAUUUCCCCAGGAGACCACUCUGGAGAGGAAGUUCCUCUGAGGAAAGCCGGGCGAAGAGAGAGGCCCCAAACAUACUGAAGGAAAAGAAGCCCAUGAUGCGGAGGGUAAAGCUGAGUGGUAGAGCACAUGCACAGCAUGCCUGAGUCCUGGCUUCAAUCCCCAGUGCUUCCACUGAAAAAAAAAAGAAGCCAGUGCCUCAGGAAGGAUGAAGAAAGGAUUUCUCUUUUCUUUUUCAAAACUAAAGCUGUUGGAUUGGAAGAUUAAGCACCUUAAACACCAGUGACUGGAAACUAUUCUCCUUGUCAGCAGUGAAGAUCCUGGUUUAUAGGUUAUUCAUCUUUGCAAAAUAGGAGCAGUAACUAUGUUAGUCUUAUCCCCAACUUCUCAUGAUCACGGGAUUUUAUGUAAGGAAUGUUCUAAAGUGAGUGGUUCCAGUCAUUUCUAUCAUCCUGAGAUGCCAGAAGAAUCAGCUCCAUCUUCUAAAAUAGAGUGAAGAGCAUUUAAAAAGAGAUUGUCAUCAACCAAAUGGAGAUGUUAAUGACACUUUUUCAUAGUCACUGGAAAACUUACAGGACAAAGUGAACUUUAAAAGAAAUUUUUUUAAAAACUGAAAGCUUUACUUUAUUCUCUGCUUGACAGUGGUUAUUUAUUCGUUUUUAAUUGAGGUAUAAUUAGCAUAACAUUAUGUUAGAUUCAGGUGUACAAUGUAAUGAUUCAAUAUUUGUAUAUGUUGCAAAAUGAUCGCCACAGUAAGUCCAGUUAACAUCUCUCACCUUACACAGUUACAAAAAAGCUUUUUCUUGUAAUGAGAACUUUCACAAUCCACUCAGUUUUCUGACAACAACAACAACAAAGAAAUUACAAAGAUUAAAACAAAACAAAGUAAUGGGGAGUCUGACUAUAGAUAAUACUUUAAAGAUUUUAUAAACUAAAUUACCUAAUCAAAAAACUCUUUUUUUAAUCUGUAAUAUCUAAAUCCAUUUUUUAAGCAACCUGUGCAAAUUAGUUUGAUGAAUGUCUCACUGUUUCUUCUGUUAUCAUCAUUUGGAUACCAGCUUAAAUGAUAUACCUCCCCUAAAACUUUUAACAUCAUUCCAGGUUCAAAAUUCCAAGUAAAAGUUUACCAGGGUGUUCUAGUAACUCUAGAAAUCCACAGGCACAAAUUCACCCAACUGGAGGAACCCGGUGUUCUGAGGAUGCAGUGUAAGUAACAAGUCCCACAGACUGCACUCCGGUUGUUCCUUCAGCCAUUCCGCAAAAUACUGCCUCCUGUUUGCGCUACUCACCUUGCCUGUAAGGUUGGAACUUUGGUUUCUCAUAUGAGGUCAGUGUUUACACCUGUUCCUCCCAAGAACUACAUGCAAAGAUGCUGCUGCUGCUUCUACAAAGGAAAAGAAAAAAGAAAAGAAAAGGAACAUAAAGACCUGAGGACACUGGGAAUGCCUGGGAAAUGAAAAGAGAUAUGAAAUCAUCAUGUUCUCUUUUCUUGCUAUAUUGAAAGAUAAAGAGAAAAAAGACACUUUCCCUCACUCACUUUAUAGCAAAUUUUCAUUCUACGAACAGAUGUUUGUUUUAAAAUUAUGAUUAAAUAAAACUUGU